ACGCUGAACCGCCAUUUUUGAGCCUUGCGUGCGGUGUCAUUGUUCUCUCCAAUCUGAGGCGAUUUUCGCCUUACUUCGGCUCUGUAUCAACUCUGGGCAGUUUUGAAAGACAGUACUGACUCUGCAGCCGUGAGGAUCUGUGUCGUCGGGAAAACGUGCUGUACUUUGGAGCGUCAGUGCAUCUUGGAUCAGGAACAUGGCGGCCAGAGCCGAAUCCCACCAGAGACAAGAGGAGGGAGAGAAUAGACGUGGAAACCAGGGUUCUCCGCGUUCCCACGAAUGUAACGAGUGCGGCAAGAAGUUUCGCUUCCUGAGUCAUCUGAAGCAACACAUGCGGACACACACGGGUGAGAAAUCUUACCGGUGUGAGGAAUGUAACAAAGGCUUCAGUCAGUUGAGUCAUCUGAAGCGACACAUGCGGACUCACACGGGUGAGAAGCCGUAUCAGUGCGAGGAAUGUAGCAAGUGGUUUGGUACGCUGGGUGAUCUGAAGAAGCAUAUCAGAACCCACACCGGUGAGAAACCCUACACGUGUGAGGAGUGCAGCAUGCAGUUUAGCGAGCUGGGUAAUCUGAAAAGACACAUGCGGAUUCACACAGGUGAGAAACCUUACCAAUGCGAGGAAUGUGGGAGACAGUUCAGUGAGCUGGCUAAACUGAACAGACACGUGCGGACUCACAAAGGUGAGAAACCGUACAGGUGUGAGGAGUGUGGCAGACAGUUCAGUGAUCUGGGAGAUCUAAAGAGGCACAUAAGGACUCACACGGGUGAGAAGCCGUACAGAUGUGAGGAAUGUGGGAGGCAGUUCAGCAGGCUGAGUAGUCUGAGAAGACACAUGCGGACUCACACUGGUGAGAAACAGUUCAUGUGUGAGGAGUGCAGCAUGCAGUUCAGCAGACUGGAUAAUCUGAAGCAGCACACGAGAAGUCACACUGGUGAGAAACCGUACGGAUGUGAGGAGUGCAGCAAGCAGUUUAGUCAGUUGAUUAAUCUGAAAAACCACAUGCGGACUCACACAGGUGAAAAACCAUAUAGAUGUGAAAAGUGCAUCAAGCAUUUUAAUCUGUCAAAUCUAAAGACACAUAUGUCGACUCACACAAUAAAAACCGUACAUGUGUGAACAUAGUUUUGUACCCUCUACUUGACUUUAGUGUAAUACUAAGAAUAACGUAAAUUUUACCCACUACUGUUGUAUGCUCUGUAGACCGUUGGUUAGGAUUAGAAAUUUAGAAUUAGUUAGCACCAUGCGUGUUGGUUAUAAAAGAUGGUUUAGAUGUUUGCAGAUAUGGUUUGUUUCCAAGUGUUCUGUAAACACAUAUGUAGCUGUUAGAGAUUUGUCAACUUUCUGCAUCUCAG